UUUAGGUCACUACAAGAGCAUCAAACAACUCAUGCCCGACCAAACUAACGUCGGAAUUUUACAAGAAGAUUCUUCCAACAUCCUCCAACUCGUCGAAGAAGGUUUCGCAGAGUUCGUUCGUCAUGUCAACUUCAUCGACGAUGCUCCCGAUUACUUCAAAAUCGAAUAUCUGACGAAAUGUGGCAACAAAUACGGCGAAUACGUGUCCCAGAGUAGUUGUGACAACAUCAAAAUCGGACAAGAAUAUGAUUUUUUGGUGAGAGUUACGUUGCUUGACAGUCCAGAUAAUAUCGGGCUCGAACGACAAACGAUCCGCAUUGAAGAGGCGAGUCUCAAAGAUGAAUUUUUGAAGCUGGAAAUUGAUCUCGAGAUGACUUGUCCGUGCAUGAAAGAGGAAGAAGAGGAGGAAAAUAGCCCGAGAUGCAAUAAAAAUGGGGAAUUUAAGUGCGGAAUGUGUUUGUGCUAUGAUGGAUUCGUUGGAGCGACGUGCGAUUGUAACUUGAUGAAUUAUAAGAGCUCGAAGGAGUUGGAUGCGAGAUGUAGGGGUAAUGAUACCGAAAUUUGUAGUAAUAGAGGAGAGUGUCUUUGUGGCGUUUGUUAUUGUGAGAAGCAGUUUGAGGGAGACCAUUGCGAGUGUCUUAAGUGUCAAUUGGA